AUGGAUGUUAACGCUAAUGAUAGACAUCAUAAUCGAAAUGAGGAAUUUAUCAAAUGCAUUAUUGAUGGAGUUCCAUUUACUACUGCGGAAAAUACAAGAAUACCGCAGCAAAUAGCAUCUUUGGCACUAAUUUCUGUCAAUCGAACAUCGUAUAUCGCAAUUUAUUUUGUAUCUAGCGCUCUUAACAGCACUAAUUUAUGUCUUUCGGACAUC